UCAGAGGAGCGACAAAUGCGCAAUUUCCGAGGGCGUCCCCGUCUCUGGGAUUGGAGUUCAGCGCCGCUCCGCUCUAGGUCUUCGUCUUUAGACGUUUCCCGUGCGAUGUCAGCGGCAGCUCGACUGAAAAUUCUUCAACAACAUCUCACCUCCGGGCUCAUAGCCGUUCCCACCUCUGGAGAAAUCAAUCCAAAUGCUCAUCCUAGAAGACUCUGCUACACUUUGGAAAACAGAGUUCUGACCCCUGAGCAGAGACUGUUUUAUGAAGAAAAUGGAUUCCUUCUUAUUAAGAAGCUGGUGUCUGAUGAGAAUAUUGAACUCUUCAGAGAAGAGUUUGAGAGGAUCUGCCGGAGGACAGUUGAGGUUCCGGGAUUAACGAUAAUGAGAGAUGUAUCCAUUUCUAAAACGGAAUACAUUCCAGAUCAACAAGCUACUUCUAAGAUCCAAAGUUUUGAGAACAAUGAAACCAUGUUUAAAUACUGUUGCUUGCCAGAGAUCUUGAAGUAUGUGGAGUGUUUUACUGGCCCCAACAUCAUGGCGAUGCACACCAUGCUGAUCAACAAGCCCCCCGAUUCAGGAGCAAAGACAUCCCGACAUCCUAUGCAUCAGGAUUUGCAUUAUUUCGCCUUUAGACCUGCGGAUUGGAUAGUGUGCGCGUGGACAGCCAUGGAGAGAGUGGAUCGCAACAAUGGAUGCCUUGUUGUGCUGCCAGGGACACACAAGGGGAGACUAAAACGACAUGACUACCCAGAGUGGAAGGGCGGUGUCAACAAGAUGUAUCAUGGCAUUCAUGAUUAUGACCCUAGUCACCCCAGGGUUCACCUUGUGAUGGAGAAGGGUGACACUGUGUUCUUCCAUCCUCUGCUCAUUCAUGGAUCGGGAGCAAAUCAGACUCAGGGCUUCCGAAAGGCAAUCUCAUGCCACUUUGCGAGUGCAGACUGUUACUACAUUGAUGUAAAGGGUACCAGCCAGGAGAAUAUUGAGCAAGAGAUCCUUGGGGUAGGCCAAAGGAAGUACAAUAUUGGCCAAGAUGUAACUUUGGCAGAUGUUUGGAUCAUCAAAGGACGGCUUGUACAGGGAGAGAGAUCUAACCUGUAGAUUAAUCUUGUCUGAGGGUGCAGUCUGUUUAUAUACAUUUUAUUUUACUUUAUGCCAUCCAUCAUCAUGUGUGUUUCAGAUUCUCUGUUAAUUAAUAUUGCUGCAAUAUAAAAUUACACUUAUUUAAGUAAGAUAAGCCUAUUAGUGUAUUUGCUUAAUCAAUUUGCAAAAGGCCACAUAUAAAUAAUUUUAAACCAAAUAUUUUGAUGAGCGUUGGGAUUGCCCAUGGCUGAGGGUGACAUAAAAUAGCUGCUUGUGAGUUUUAGUUGACACACAAUAGCAGAGAAACAUUAGGACAGUUGUGGCUUUGUACACAGAAUAUAUCCAAGGUAACAAGAUUAUGGUAGCACACAAAGGGUUUUACGAUGAGAACACAAAGGGUCCUUGUUGCAUACAUGCAACUGCAGUUAUUGGACAGAGACAGCUGGAUAAGGACACCUUUGAGUAAGCUGGUAGAAGAAUUUCAUAUCUAGCUGGUUUAAAGUCUGAGAUCCACCAGAAAUAGAUGUACUGUAGUUAAGAUUCCCAGAUAAUCACUUAGAGAUUCUGAAUAUGCAUACAUAAUUUUCUUUUUAAAAGAAAAAUCACAAUAACCAUUGAAGAAGUUUAGGGAGAUUGCUCUGACCACGCAGCCUUAGACAGUAAGAAAAGACCCCCCCCCCCCCCCCAACACACACACACACACACACACACACACGCACACACACACACACACUCUCUGCAAGCAGGGCGUUUGGAGUUACAGGUGCAGCAGUUAGCAGUAUUGAUGUAGUUAAAUACAAUGCAUUGUGAAGGCCCCAAGGAUAGAGAUAAGGGUGUCUGGGAAAUGUGAUGAAAUUGUGGAAGACAAUAAGGAUGCCCAUCAUGGACCAUGCAGUCACUUGCUUAACCUGAUUGGAUGUGUAUGUGAUUGGUUAGUAAUACGAUUGGUUUGUAAUAGGCUGAACACAAAUGUACAAAGUUUGUGUCCUUCCUUUGUCCAGUGAAGAAGCUUCUGAACCCCCAAAGGUUUUGUCCCAGUGAUGUAACUUUAAAAAACACUCUUAUGCUGGGUGUUGAGUGAUUUAUUUGGCCUUUUAUUCCCAACAACCAGUUUAUCAGCCAUGCUCAGUGACUCGUCAUUGUGGCAGAGACACAGGGUUGCAUCAGUGCUCAGUUACACAAUCUCACCAUAAUAUUAGCAAUACAACCAACUCAAUACACGAUUAACUACCAUCUAAACAUCACCGGUUAAUUGGUCCCAUCUGUUUUUAUCUUUUAGCAUGUCCAUAUGAUAUGUUUGACGAGCUGUGUGAAUACAACUUGAGUGUCCAGUGGAAAUGUUUAACUCUUCAGAGGCCUUGGUUGCAGAAUUGAAUACAGGAUCGCUCCCUGCUUCCCGAGGGCACACCAUGCACACACUCACACACAUACAUACACGCACACAUGAACACAUACACGUGUGCAUGCACACAUACACAUGUGCGCGUGCACACACACACACACACAGAGACUUUCUCUCUCACUUACACAUUUGAUUGCUCAUUUGUUUUUGAAAGCUUUGAUUAUGCCCUCAAUGCAGAAAAUUGUGAUGGCUCACAGUAUUGGAUACGUCUCUGUUUUAAUAUGUUGUUUCUAGGUCUUCGUUAAAACAGUGCCCUGUUUGAAAGUGUAAGGAGGAGUAAAGCCAUUCUUACCUAACCAGGCCCACUGUCUUAGAGCUGCUUCGUUAUGUGCCUGGUUUGUAACUGGGCAGUGGGCUAUGGAAUUAGGAUAAUGUUUGCCCUGUCUGCAUGACUGUUCAGUGGAAUUUGCAAUGUCCUGCUCUUCAAACCAAUAUCUCACACUCUCUGGUGUUUCAGUUCCAUGAUAAUCAUUCAUCAUUUAUUCAUGGGAUGAGGGCCUCACUGGCUAUAACGGCAUUCAUUGUCCAUCCCUAAUUGCCCAGGGGGCAUUUAAGAGUCACCCACAUUGCUGUGGGUCUGGAGUCACAUGUAGGCCAGACCAGGUAAGGAUGGCAAUUUCCUUCCCUAAAGGGCAUUAGUGAACUAGAUGGAUUUUUCUGACAAUUGGCGAUGGUUUCAUGGUCAUCAUUAGACUGCUAAUACUUUAAAAAUAAAAUGAUCGAAUUCAGAUUUGCCAUCUACUGUGGCGGUGUUCUAACUGAGGUCCCACAAACAUGACCUGAGUCUCUGGAUUAACAGUCCGGUGAUAAUACCACAAGGCCGUUUCCUCCCCUCUACACGCAGGCUCUCCAGCGUGAUUUCAGGUGUUACGUAGAACACAGAACAGAACAGCACAGCACAGGCCCUUCGGCCCAUGAUGUUGCACUGACCUAUUAUCCUACUAAGAUCCAUCCACCCCGCAUGCCCUACAUUUUACUAUCCUCCAUGUGCCUAUCCAAGAGUCGCUUAAACAUCUCUAAGUAUCUGACUCCACUACCACUGCCGGCAGCACAUUCCGCACGCAUUCAAAAUUCUGAGCAAGAAACUUGUUGAGUUUUUGUCUGUUCAUUGCUUGCAGACUGAAAGCACCAAUAUCACACUUACGCAGGAAUCAAUGUUAUUUCAAAAAACUUUGAGUAACUUCUCACAAGUGAAAGAACGGCAGUUGCCUGGUUGUAACUCAGUGAUUUUUUGUUCAGUUGAUUCUUGUUCUUCAGUUUCCUGUUUUUUGGCUCAGUAUCUUCAUUCCUCAGAUACUACGACCUGAUAGAACCAGAAAACAGCCUCUCUUUGUCGAAAUGGUGCUGCAUUAGCAACAACAGUGAUGGAGAAAACUUUAACCAAAGUGAAAUUAACUCUAAUCUUUUCUUCAGAAAAAAACAUGUGUACUUAUAAGCUACUAAAAGGUUUGCUGGUGGUUAACUGCAUAAUCUCACCACUGUGAAUAAAAAUUUGCAGCGUUGACAGAG